AUGCCGCCCUCCGCUGGGAACCAGCUGGGCUAUGCGCCCCCCGACGGAGGCUGGGGCUGGGCCGUGGUCUUCGGCUCCUUCAUCUCCAUCGGUUUCUCCUACGCGUUCCCCAAGUCCAUCACCGUCUUCUUCAAGGAGAUCGAGACCGUCUUCAACGCCAGCACCAGCGAGGUGUCGUGGAUCUCGUCCAUCAUGCUGGCGGCCAUGUACGCGGGCGGCCCGGUCAGCAGCGCGCUGGUCAACAAGUACGGCAGCCGGCCGGUGGUGCUGGUGGGCGGCUGUCUGUCCGGCAUCGGCCUAGUGGCCGCGUCCUUCUGCAAUACGGUGCAGGAGCUCUACCUGUGCAUCGGCUUCGUCGGAGGCCUGGGGCUGGCCUUCAAUUUGAACCCGGCCCUCACCAUCAUCGGCAGGUACUUUUACAAGAAGCGACCCCUGGCCAAUGGCCUGGCCAUGGCGGGCAGCCCGGUGUUCCUGUCCACCCUGGCCCCGCUCAACCAGGUUUUCUUUAGUAUCUAUGGGUGGAGAGGGAGCUUCCUGAUCCUUGGAGGACUCCUGCUCAACUGCUGUGUCGCCGGGUCCCUGAUGCGACCGAUAGGACCCAUGGCCCACAAAGACAUAUCCAAGAAAUACCCUCCCGGUGCUGAAAAACCCGAUGCAAGUACUGCAAAUGCAGAACUUGCUGGAGAGAACCCCCAAAAGAGAAGACAACCAGACACCCAAACCUCAGAUCAAUUCAUAGGCUGGUUCCUCUUAUCCCAUAGAGGCUUCUUGAUAUACCUCUCCGGAAAUUUGUUCAUGUUUUUUGGACUCUUUGCACCUUUGGUCUUCCUCAGUAACUACGGCAAGAGUAAGGGCUUUUCCAGUGAGCAGGCGGCCUUCCUUCUUUCCAUCCUGGCUUUUAUUGACAUGGGAGCCAGGCCUUCUAUGGGAUUCAUAGCCAACACCAAGCUUGUGAGACCUCGAAUCCACUACUUCUUUGCGGUUGCUUCUAUUGCAAAUGGAGUGUGUCACCUGAUGAUACCUUUUACCAGCAGCUAUAUGGGGUUCUGUCUCUAUGCCGGCCUCUUUGGAUUUGUCUUUGGGUGGCUCAGCUCCAUAUUGUUUGAGACACUGAUGGACCUCGUUGGACCCCAGAAGUUCCCCAGUACUGUGGGUGUGGUGACUAUUGCCGAAUGCUGUCCUGUCCUCCUGGGGCCACCGCUUUUAGGCCAUCUCAAGGACAUUUAUGGAGACUAUAAAUACACUUACUGGGCUUGUGGCAUCACCCUUAUUUUCGCAGGUGUCUACCUCUUCAUCGGCAUGAUUAUCAAUUACCGACUUUUGGCCAAAGAGCAGACGGCAGAGCAGCAGAAAAGGGGAAGUAAGGAGGAGACCAGUGCAAGUGUGGGUGAGAAGUCAGAAAGGGGUAUCAAGACAGCGCCAUCUUCGGAGCACAGAAGCGAAGGAGACCCAGCAGAGGAGGAGAAUCCAGUGUGA